AACAGCCUGCUUGAAUCGUCUCUUUCGGCAAUCUGUUGCUGUCCUGUUCUCAUCACACGCUCUGAGAUAUACACGUUGGCCUGAAACAUACCCGGAAGGAAUCUCAAUUGAGGAAGAUAGACUUUAGCAGGAAGAUAUAUCGCUAUAGCUGAAAAUCAGACGGCCAAGUGCCAUUUUUGUUACAAGAAGGCUGCUUUACAGUAAUACAACUUGUGUGUCCUUCAGUCCUAGGAAAGGAUGCAGCCUAUCAUGGCAGGUGGGCUUCAGGAGUCCCCGCAGGGCCAGGGGGAGAGAGGUGAGCUCUCCCAGCUCUCCUCAAGAGAAGCAACCACUGCAGAGACCUCUGAGCUUGGAUGUCCGCGGCCAGUCACCUUUGACCUGCUCAAUAUGGUGGUCUCCUACAAGAGGAUUGCAAUCUACCUGGAGCCCAUCAAAGACGGUGUGGAGGUGGUGCGUUAUGUACUUGGAUGGAAGAUGCCUCUCUUCUCCUUGCUCUGCUGUGUCAUACUCAACAUCCUCUUCAUCGCUCUCAGUGAAGUGGCCUGGUUCUCUCUCUGCCUCAUGGGUGUGUCCACCCCAGCUGCGCUGGGCUACAUUGGGGAGAGAUGCCAGGGCAUCACCAGUGACACGGACCUACAGAGGAAAAGGCAGCAUGCUGUCCAGCGCAGAGACCUGCAGACUGUCCACCUCACCAAGCAGGAAGCCAUGCUAGAGGUCAAGGGCCUGUUGAAGAAUCUAGAUGACCUUUUGACCCAGGCCUGUGUGUCUGCUGAGUCUGUGUACAAAGUGCUGUACUGGGAGAGCCAUUCAGUCUCCUCCAUGUUCUACGGUGGUCUCCUGGUGACUGUCUGUCUACUGUACAUCAUGCCAGUGGGCUGGGUCCUGGCUUUGGUCAACAGCGCCCUCUUCCUGUGGAACAGGGAAUUCUGCAGAGUCCUGCUGAAUGUGAAGUCCCUGCUGAACCCAGGCCAAAGCCAGUCAGAAGAGAAGGAGGCUGAGGUCAGAGAUGCUGAGCCCACUUCCUUACCAGAGCAAACCCCAACUCCCACCAGCCUGGAGGAUCUUUCUCCUGCCAGCAUUGAGGAGGCGGAAGAGGCAGAGCCUGAUGAUGAGUUUAAAGAUGCCAUUGAGUCCUCUCUCUUUACCAUCUCACUGCUUAAGGAGCACCAAACGUCCCUGCUGCCGGAGACCCCCCUGGCUCUAGUGGAUGAUGAUGAGGUGGCAAUAGGCACUACUGACUACGACACCUUCUCAGAUAAUGGACUGUUGAGCAAACACGAGCCCAUCCGCAGCAAAGUGUCCAAACUGACAGAGAAACUGCGAAAGCGUUAUCCAACCAACCCUGCAGGUAAUUGCUCAUAUUGCAGUGCAGUGUUUUCGGUUUUAAAAAAGCGGAAAAACUGCAGUAACUGUGGAAAUAGCUUCUGUUCACGAUGUUGCUCCUACAAGGUGCUCAAAUCCAGCAUGGGUGCCACAGCACCCGAAGCCCAGAGAGAGACAGUGUUUGUUUGUGCUGCAUGUAAUAUGUACCUGAGCAAGAAGGAAUGAAAGACAGGACCUCUUUUCUGACCACCUAUUCAUCCCACCAUUUACCUCCUUGCGGAAGCAUGGCUUUGGCCUCCCAACUUUUGGAUGAGCCUGAGGAUCCGUGGCUCUCACAGAAGACCUCCCCGAGAACUUCCUCCUCCACGCUGCCGAGGCCAGUGGGAAGGGGGGGUAAAGACUCCCAUCUCGUACUGUAUCGUGCUCACACUGUUAAUUGGACUAUUGGCUCCAUUUCUGCUGCAGCCUCUGUCACUCAUAUCUGUGCUCAAGCAGAGCUCGUACCAUCAAAAUAAUGGUGAGCAGCACUGCUAUGACAUCUGUCAGCUGGCUUUAGCUCUGAGAGUUGGCCCACGCCUGACCCAGGUGGUGAUACAUAUCACUCUGGGGGAUGGUUCCAUGUUUCCCUCAUAAUGGAGAAGGACAAGUUUGCUUGUGUGCUAUAGCUAAUAUACUGUCUGAAAUAUUGAAGGAUUUGAAUGAAAGGGUCAGCUUGUGGUACUGUACUCCAAUACCCUAUGACUGCUUCUCCAGAGGAUCUCCUCCCAAAUAUGUUCUGAAGUUCCGUUGGCUAACCUCACAGACUACACAAUCACUAAAGUGUUCCUUUCAUUGUGUAUAGUUUAUUGUUGGGUAUGCUGUAAAGGGAUGGGCCAUUUGAAAUUACAUUCAUCAUAGCAUUAAAUUGCUGACCCUUCUUCUUGAUUCAGGUGUAUGGCCUUUUUUUCAGUUUCACCUGCCAAGCCUGUCUGGGUGCAUUAGGCAGCUUUUGGCACAGUUACAAGAAGUGAAUUCACAUUCUUUUUAAAAUUACACUGAUUUUAGUUAUUGGUUGAAACAGGAAAACAUUUGAAAUAGUCUGGACAGCUUUCCUAAACAAUCUCCUCCUCCCAUUUGUUCAGCAGAGAUGUUCCCAAUCUGCUAGAUGGAUUUGAGGGAAUCUUCAACGUGAUGCAUUGCUAACAAAUCCAUGAAUGUGCGAAUGUAUUUAACUUUGUGUACCUCUGUGGCCCUAGCCUACAAUCAAGUCUGUUGUGUUAUUUUGCUGUAUUUGUCUUAUUUUAUGAAGGUUUUAGAAAUAUAUCAUAUAUAGCAGUGCGGUUUAUCUUAUGCUGUGACAUUCCACCAAUAAAUAUACUGUACUCAGUUA